UAUUUUGCUGUUUCGUCCCACUUUCUUCGUCCUAGUCCCCCACGAAUGUAGGUCUCCCCACCGGCAUCUGUUGCCGCUACCACGCUACCACCAUGUAAUACUUGGCGAUCGAAGGAGAGGGAAGCUAAUAUGUGCGGGUGUUCGUCAUACCUAUACGUUUAGCCAUUCGAUCGACUAGUUCGGUUCGUCCGUACGAUUGAUGUUGGACAUGGGUGCAUUAUAUAAUUAUAUGUCAGGCACAUUAUUUGUGAUUGACUAGCUCGUUAUUGUGAUCGGUUCCCGACGUACGUAAACGCGCGAACAGUAUAUAUCAAUUAAUUUAAAAAAGUUUACUUCGCUCUUUUUAUAUCGUGAUAAUUUUUUAUGUAAUAUUAAAAGAGAAUUUUUGUUAAAAAAAAUAUUUUCGCAAAAAUUUGCACGUGCCAAAUAAAAUAUCAGAGGACGAGAGAUUCUUCUUCGAAAAAUCGUUAUGUGAUUCGUAAAUAAUUGCAAAAUGUGCAAUUGCUCUUGUUUUGCAUUUACGCGAAAAGUUCAAACAAAAAAUAUUGAGUUUUAUACCGGAAUUAUUCCUUCUUGUCGCGAAGAAAACUUUAAAAUGUACAAUAUAAAAAUUUUAAACAAGUAUAAAACCACGUAACGCAAUAAUUGAUGAAAACCCAAGAUCGAUACUUUGAAGAAGAAGAUGCAUUCAAUGCACUUGACGUUCUUUCUCAUCGUGUUAGUAUGCAGCUUGACCGGGCAGCCAACAUUCUUCAGAAGCACAUUCAAGGGAUUGGGUGACAUCGUAUCGAAUCCUUCUGCGCUCGCGAACGACGAGAUACGAGUCGUUUAUUACCACGAACAGACAGUGGCCGUGAUCAAUCUCGGUCCAAGCAAUGAAUUACGCGAUUGCAAUAUUAUCGAAGUAUAUGAGCCAUCCGAAGCUACCGAAGUUUUACGAAAUUUGUCUAUGACUGUACAACCACAAGUGGUGUCUUUUCAAGAGAUAACGAGACUCAUGCAACAGUGCGAAUUGUUGGACAAACUCCAAGUGAAAGCCACGUCCGCUUUGCCGACAAACGCAUUGAGCAGAGCCGCUAGUUCAAUCACUCUGUUCUCUGGUAUUUUACCAGGCACAAAAUGGUGUGGUACGGGUGACAUAGCUGAAAAUUAUCAUGAUCUGGGCGAUCUACCUCACAUCGACAGAUGCUGUCGUACCCAUGAUCUUUGCCCUAUAAAAGUCCGAGCUCAGCAGACUCGAUACAAUCUUACAAAUUACUCCUUUUAUACUAAGUCACAUUGUAUUUGCGACAAAACGCUUUAUCAAUGUUUAAAAGCUGCCAAUCAUCCAACGGCGAAUCUGAUGGGACAGAUAUACUUCAAUAUCAUCAAAGUUCCAUGUAUAGAAGACACAAGGAGAAACCUAUUGUCAAGAAAGUUUGUACCUGUGAAAAAAGAAUAUUAGAACUUGACGAUGUAUAUAUUAUAAUUACUGAUACAUGUAAAUCAAAUACAUAUUAAAAUAGUAAU